UUCUCUUUCUCGGGAAUAUUGGGCUUCGGCGGCUUCCGUAGUUGAGUUGAGUGGCCGGAGUGACGCAGAAGCGCUGAACGAGCAGAACUACCCUACAGUCAAGAUGGCGACAUCCGAGCCGAAAGCCCCUGAACCUGAAGAACCACAAGCUCCUGACAGCCAAGUCGUUGCGAAUCCUGAGCAGUAUAUCAAGCACCCCUUGCAAAACCGGUGGGCCCUGUGGUAUUUUAAAAACGACAAAAGCAAAAGCUGGACAGAGAACUUGCGUCUCAUUUCCAAGUUUGACACGGUGGAAGACUUUUGGGCAUUAUACAACCACAUACAGCAACCCAGCAAACUUGGCUUUGGCUGUGAUUAUAGUUUAUUUAAGGAUGGGAUCAAGCCAAUGUGGGAGGACGACAGGAACAAGCUGGGGGGUCGAUGGCUGAUGACUCUCAAUAAGCAACAGAGACACAAUGACCUUGACCGCUACUGGAUGGAAACGCUCUUGUGUUUAGUCGGUGAGUCGUUUGACGAGGCAAGUGAAGAUGUGUGUGGAGCUGUGGUCAACGUCAGACCAAAAGGGGACAAAAUAUCCAUCUGGACGAGCCAGUGCCAAAACAGGGAUGCCAUCAUGACGAUAGGGCAAAAUUAUAAAGAGCGCCUGAACAUCCCCACCAAAGCCAUCAUCGGCUACCAGUCACAUGACGACACAUCCAGCAAGAGCGGAUCCACCACCAAGAACAUGUACUCCGUUUGAGAAACUCCUUCAGCCUCCAUUUCAACUCGCUGUAGAUUUAAACAAUUACCAAACUGCAUCAUCACAAUAUUUUUUUUUUGUCUUCUCCUUUUCAUUUUUUUUUUCUUUCUUUUUUUGAAAAGAGAAUUGUUCAAAGUGUGUAGUUGGAGCGUCACCUAACGUGACAAACCAGUCUGGUGAUGUUUAUAAAUAGGAAUGAGGCCAGACAAGAGGAAUUGUCUCAAAAUGUCACGUGCUAAAGAACACAAAUUUCCUUUUUCGAGGUGAAGAGUAUUGUGAUAAACCAGGGGCCUCCCCUAGCUUAGUUCAGAAAAGGCUUCUUUUUUUCAGUACUAAAUGGCUUGAAGUUAUACUAUACAGCCUCGUGUUUUUCUCAUGCUGACUAUUCACACUCCUAGCAAAAACUGUUUCUCACCUCACAGGUAAAUAUGGUGGGUAAUAAUUUAUCCCUUCACCAAAACAAAUUUUAAGGGCAAUUUUAACUUGAUUUAUCCAGAAGUGUUAAGCAUGAGUUGGGCUUUCAAGACACAGCAGCUGUAAGAAUCAACAGUAUCUUAAAGGUUUGUUAAAGCUGCGGUGACACUCCAAAGUAUAAGGUUUGGAUUUAAGACCGCUUAUUGUUUCAGCCAUGCUGGAAUUGUGGAAUAUUGCUUGUAGUAGUUUUUGGACUUAUUUCUUCCCCUUACAUUUAUUUAUAAUGUAUGCAUUACAGAUUAAUUACUUAGAGAACCAUGAAAUCUUUCUUUUUCAAAUUGUAUUUUUUUUUUUUUUUGUUACUAUCAAUAAUGUGGACUUCUGCAUAUAGAUGACAUUUUUUUACAGUGUACCAUAAAGUAAUGCUGAAAGAAUUAGGUGUGCUUUUCACUGUUUUCUUCCUAACAAGCUGUAGAUAAUGUUGCACUCCUCUCUUGGUUAAUGCAAAGGAAAGAUGAUAUUCAUUGUGAAAUAAUUUUGCUCAUAAUGUAUCUUUAUUAUCUGUACUUCCAGGAUGUAUAUGACCUUCUUUCAAGUAAAGGUUAAGUGCUUUGCAUUAAAAUCAGGUCGACGUCUUA